GCUGACGUCACUUCCUCCUCCUCCUCUCUCUUCCCCAUCAUGGCUUCCGUGUCGGUUUUCCCGUCCCCGCUGGAGCUCGGCGCGUUCCUGGCGCGCUCGGUGGCGGCAGCGGCGGCCCAGGCGGUGACGAGCGGCGGCCGCUUCUCGCUGGGGCUCUCCGGGGGUUCUCUGGUGCCGCUGCUCGCGCGGGAAUUGGGCGGGGCUUUGGCCGAUGUGGGCGGGGCCCAACCGGCCCGGUGGCUCGUGGCGUUUUGUGAUGAGCGAUUGGUGCCCCCCGAGCACCCCGAGAGCACCUGCGGGGCGUACCGGUCCCAGGUGCUGUCCCAGUUGCCCAUUCCCA